AUUUUGCUCGUGUUGCCUCUGCGUUGCGCCAGAAGCUGCUUCUGCUUGCUUGGUCAUUCAUUCGGUUUGUAACGUUCGUCGGAAAAGAAGUCGUUCGCGCAGUGGAACUUUUUUCUUUCGGGUGUUUCCAAUCGAGUGGAAUAAUGGCCAAUUUGGAAGGUUUAAUGUUUGGUACGGUUCGCGAAUAUUGGACGAUAGAUUAUUGCGGGCGGUGGUUUGCUAAAGUGUGAAAUAUAUUGAAAAAUGCGGCAAUCGCGACUUCUCGCACGUGAAAAAAGUUUCGCCGAAAGAUUUUAGCUGUUGCGCUGUUGAAGAAAAAAAAAGUUCGUUAUACCUGCUCAAUAAUUGGGUGUUGGAAGUGCUGGAAGAUCUGUGUUGAGAAGAGCGAAGAUUAUGGAAUUUGAUCGUCAUUAUUUUGAAAUCAGUUGGAGCAGCUAGUGGAUUAUAUUAUGAAAGAAUUAGCAAACCUUGAUAAGAAGAAGCUGCCUCCCGAUAGCCAACACCAGCAUCGAGUUCAGGGAAACCAAAAACUGUUGGAAAGUUGCAACGGAUCAUCGGGCAGUCGAGCGGAACACAAGAGUUGGACAAUCCCACAGAAAACGGACAUUGGAGCAAUCGUAAAAACUAACACAAUAAUCGUGGCCAAAACGGAACAGCCGUUGCAUUCUAUCGAAAAUCGUAAUUCAACAACCGCAAAAAUGGAUCAUUCAACCUGUGACAAGAGCAAAACCGAAGCCAUGUCGAUAUCGCCACCGCCUUCACGGGAACAAGUGCGCAUAUGUUUGGUCGGUGCGGUUGCCCACGACAAAGCCUGUCUGGCCGCGGCCCAAACGCUGAAAUUACCGCUCGUCCUGUCGGAAACCGGAGCCGAGUACGCGACCGACACCAACACACUGACAUACUUCGUCCUAAAUCAGUUUGACGGCCCCAUCUACGAUACGAUAUAUCGCUCCAAGCAUAGAAUCCUUGGUCCACCGGCUCUGCAGCAGGCUGCAAGAGGCGGUGAUGGGAUCCCACACAACAACCGUCCGAUCUACAACUACUGCAUGCGAGGCGUCAUAACGUGUUUCACCGGUAUUCGCAAGAAAGACGAGCUGACCCGCCUAGUCGACCUAAUUCACUCCAUGGGUGGAUCGAUCCGCAAGGACAUGAACACCAAGGUGACGCAUCUCAUUUGCAACACAACCGGUGGCGAGAAGUAUCAGUACGCAAUGACCUUCCGGUUGGCGGUGGUCCGUCCCAGUUGGGUCGUGCAAGCGUGGCAGAAUCGUAACGAUCCGAACUUUACGGCCAACGUGGAAGAGUUCACCAAAAGUCACCGGCUGAAAGCGUUCGAAGGGCAGAAAAUUUGCUUUUUCGGCUUCCCACCGGAAGAGCACCAACAUAUGGUCGAUGUACUGAAGAUGAACGGUGGCAUUCCAGCGGACCUGGAGGAUCCGGAGUGUUCUCAUGUGGUCAUGUCCAAUACUGGAGAGCAUUUCGCCGAUGCGUUGUUGCCAAACGCAGUCUCGCCGAAAGAUAAGAACCGCUCAUCUUCGUCAUCGUCAUCGUCACCAGCAUCACCAGGUGGAACAGAUAACAACAAUGGACAACAAUCAAAUACUCCCCGCAUGGACGGCAAAUUGGUUGAGAAGCAGGAAGCUUUUAUUAAGCGACUUAACGAGUGUCAAGCUGAAGACGAAGGGGGACAGCAGGAGGAAGCCGGUAUAUUGCGUCCUUUACCGGCACUAGCGGAGGAAAGUGAAACCAGUGAGAGUGGUAGCAGUCGAGUAGAUCACAUGAGCAUAGCUGAGAAUGAAAACAAUUUGAACAAGAAUUGCGAACAGCUGAAUCAGUUGGAUGUGUCUCCAAUCAGAUUCAUAGAUGAGAAUGCUGAACCUUCAGGUCCGGUGAAUUCUAGCUCGACUCCGGAGGGACCGGGAAGAAUGGAUGGUGUUGUGCUGACUUGUGGAGAUGAGAAUGAAUUCCUCAAUCCCAAUAAUAUUUCCCCUAUUUUGAAAAUAAACCGAGCCAGUGAUGAAUCACUGAAGAAAAUAACUGAAGAAGAUGAGGACGAUGAAGACGAUAUAGAUGAUUAUAUCAUUGCUAAUAAGGAUGCUCUUAAACGUAGGCGUCAGGAAGAUAGCUUCGAUGAUAUUUCCAUGAUUUCCACAGAUUCCUUUGCUACCAGCGUUGUUUAUGGAUCCGCGAAAAAGCCAAAAUUGAUUCGUACUGGAUCUAUUACCAGAGGCUUACGACGCAGCAUGAGUUUCGCUGCAAUUAAAACACCAAUUGCUUCCAUGCUUCGCUCACGUCGAAAUUCCGUUGAUCCAAAUGCUUCCAUCAGUUCCAUCGCAUCCAUCGAAACUACUUUCAACGAGUCAAUCAAAAAACCAGUAAAGGAGAAGUUACGCAGCAUUCGUGACAAGAUUACGAAAAGUAGCAAAAAAGAAACUCCAAAAUCAAUCAAAAAUAAAGGUCUGAUAACCUCUGCCAAUUUGGACAGUUUAAAAAAUGUUUGCAAAUUCAAGACCGACAAGAAUGUGGUCAACACCCCAGAACAUUCGAAAAACUCUGACAAAGUUGAAGCCGAUUUCAAAACACCGAUUGCCCCUCCCUACCCUAGUAGCUCGUCUUCGUCUAAAGCAAAAAAGAAGACCAUCUUCCAUCGACACUCGAUGAUAGCCACUGCCUCUAGCAACAGCUUGGCCCUGCUAGACGUGCAGCCGCCGGUGCCAAUAGGUCUUCCCGAAGAGUCCAAAGAUGAUGAAUUGGCCACUGCGCUGCCAAUCGCAAUCAAAAUUGAUUCUAGCGAAACUGUCACGGCGAUCGAAACUGUUGGCCAAGAUUUGGAAACCACCUCUGCAGCAUCAGCACCACCAGGGACUACUACGGUUGUUGACGAGCACGUAGUUACCUCCAAACCAGAACCUAAAAACACGAAAACACACAUCGUCAAAGCCGAUUGGUUCUGGUACACGAUACAGAAUGGUUACGCUGACGAAGGGUACUACCUUUUUGGAGAUUAUCUAGAUAGUAUAGCAAAUACUCCUGGAGUAGACCGAAGGGAUUCGCUUCCGAUCAGUUUCAACAAGCGUAAACGGAAACGUCUAUCGCAUCGGACGCCAGCCGGUGAAGGGACUCCUCUGGGCGCCGGAAAGCGACGAUCUUCGGUUUCAGACGCUGGUUUACUAUCGGUAUCCGGUAGUUUUCUCGACUGCACCACCAGCCCGGAUAAACAUGAGGGAAGCAAGAAGAACGCCAUCGCCGAAGCAGCUGAUGCUUCGAUCGAUCAACCGAUCAAGAGUCAAUCGAUGCGGCACAACCACUUCAUGGACUUUUUCCACACAGAAUCCAACUACGUUGGGAUCUUGGACACGAUCGUCAAUCUCUUCAAAGUACCCCUGGAAGAAAUGGCCGAGAACGAUCCGGAAAACGCGCUACUCAACAAAUCGGAGCUGAAGUCGAUUUUCAGCAAUUUCCUACCGAUUCAUGACGUCCACAAGGAGAUGCUGAAUCAGCUAAAGGAGAUCCACAACAAAUGGGCAGAGGAGCAUCUGAUCGGACAGAUCAUUCUGGACUAUCGGGACGAUCUGAUAAAAGCCUAUCCACCGUACGUGAACUUUUUCGAACAGAUGAAAGAAACACUGCUACAGUGCGAUGCAUCAAAUCCACGGUUUCAUGCGUUUUUGAAAAUCAACCAAGCCAAGCCGGAAUGCGGCCGGCAGACGUUGCAAGACCUGAUGAUUCGGCCGGUGCAACGGUUACCCAGUAUUAGUUUGUUACUCAAUGAUAUUUUGAAACACACCGCUAAAAGCAAUCCAGAUCACAAGAAACUGGACGAAGCUCUGAAAGCAAUCAAGGAAGUGAUGACCUACAUUAACGAAGACAAACGCAAAACCGAAGGUCAACUAGCGAUGUUUGACAUAUUCAACGAUAUUGAUAAUUGUCCGCCCCAUCUAGUGUCAUCACAUCGGCACUUUGUGUCGCGAUGUGAGGUCACCGAGCUAACCGAUAGCCUCAGUGGCCGAGGGGACUCGUUGAUGCUGUUUCUGUUUAGCGACACGCUGGAAGUGUGCAAGAAGCGGUCACGAGCCUUCAACAACACCAAAUCACCCAGUACAAAUGGUCUCAAUUCGACCCGCUGCCAAACGACGAAACCGUACAAGCACGUCAAGCUGAUGCCCCUGAGUUCGAUCCGGUUGGUGGUGAACAUCCAGGACAGUCCCCGUGCCUUCGCCCUGAACUGUAGGGCAACCGCCGACAAUAAGGACCGGUUGCACUCGUUUAGCAUCUGCGACGAGGAGAAGGAUAAAAUUGUCUAUCUGAAAAGCUUGUGCAAGCAGCUGGCGGAGAACGCGUGCAAAGCGGACGCCGACAAAUUUAUGCUCAACUGCGAAUCGGAAGAGCUGGGCAUCGACGUGAGUGACAUCAACGUGGGAACGCUGUCGAAGGCAUUCAAGUUUGCCACCCGGACGAGAUUGAGGGUUGGUCGAGCUUUCUCCUUCAACAAAACACCGUCGAAGUUGAAGCGUGCCGUCUCAACGAUGAUGACAUCCCCCUUCGGCAGCACACAGUCGCUGACUCCAGCCUCCCAAUUGGCGCAAAUGAAACUGGCAAGCUGUACGAACAUAAACGAAGUCGGUGAGGAGUCAUCCGAAACGGACUCGAAAGCAUCUUCGUCGCCAUCGUCGGCGUCGGAAAUCCUGGUGGCACCAAUGUCCGUCCAACCAACCCGCAAAAACAAAAAUCCCCCGAUGUCGAUGGCAGCUCUUCGACGGUUCUGAUCCUGGAAAACAGCAAAACCAGUACCAAGGUGGGUGGAGCCUGACUCGUUGUUGGAAGGGCUCAUUAAGGGUACCAUGUUGUCGUUCCGGUUUCGUCUUUUGUGUAUGUUGUGAUUUAAUUUUACUGUUAUUUUUCUGGUCGUUCGUCGAAUUUGGUACACUAGAGAAAAAAAAUAUCAGGAAAAGCAGGAAUAGAGAGAAAUAUAUAUAAAAAUAUUGUGCCAACAUCACACAAUCACGAAAAAUAUCCUCGAUUUUUUCUGUGGAACCCAGACUGGAAGCUUUUAUUUCACCUCUUAGUGCAGAUAGAUAAGUAUAAGGGAGGGGGAUUUGAAAGAUUUUUUGCUUCCUGUUGCACUGGUUCCAAAUUGCUCUACCAUAAGAAACAUGUAUAGAAAUAAAGAGUGCAGUGUCCCAAAGCUUGAGGAUUUGCAAGAUAAUCAGCGAGGAAAGCUUAAAGAAUAAUAUGUUGUAAAUAUUUUACCUUUUGUUGGGAAUUGAGCGAGCGGAUGCGAGAAUACAAGAUAGAAAACCAGGAAAUAGAAUGCAACUGUAAUAGCAUAAGGUGAAUAGGAUUGCUUUUUUUUCCUCUGAUAGGUUUAAGAGUUCCGUUCGUAGCUCUUAUUAUUCUUUGUACGUGUACGUCCUUCGUGUUUUAAGCUAAGCGAUUAUGUUAUGAAUAGAUAGGUUUUUGUGCAACACAGAGUCAACGAGAGAAACAAGACAAAAGACAAUAGGAGAAGAAAAUGUGCGUCCUUUCGCGGUCUGAAAUUUCACAAUGCAUAUAUAUAUAUAUGCAAGAGACAAGACAGAUUAAAUUUUGAUGGCAUAUUAAUUUGAGCUCGCAUCAGGAAAUGCGAGCACACGCAGCCGAGUGUAUUAUAUCUAUCAGGUUGUUUGAGUUUGUUCUGAGUACGCUUUUGAUGUAGACCAUUUAAAAAUGAUUGUGAACGAGUGAAAAGAGCUGAAAGACAAUAUAGCAAGAUGAAAGGAUACUUUUUUCCUUUUAUGAAA